AUGAGAGGUGUUAGGGACGCUGAAGAAACCUCCCCUGGAGUUUUCUCAUCAACUCCCCAAAGUUUCAUAGGUGUUAGGGACGCUGAAGAAACCUCCCCUGGAGUUUUCUCAUCAACUCCCCAAAGUUUCAUAGGUGUUAGGGACGCUGAAGAAACCUCCCCUGGAGUUUUCUCAUCAACUCCCCAAAGUUUCAUAGGUGUUAGGGACGCUGAAGAAACCUCCCCUGGAGUAUUCUCAUCAACUCCCCAAAGUUUCAUAGGUGUUAGGGACGCUGAAGAAACCUCCCCUGGAGUUUUCUCAUCAACUCCCCAAAGUUUCAUAGGUGUUAGGGACGCUGAAGAAACCUCCCCUGGAGUUUUCUCAUCAACUCCCCAAAGUUUCAUAGGUGUUAGGGACGCUGAAGAAACCUCCCCUGGAGUUUUCUCAUCAACUCCCCAAAGUUUCAUAGGUGUUAGGGACGCUGAAGAAACCUCCCCUGGAGUUUUCUCAUCAACUCCCCAAAGUUUCAUAGCGAUCAGAUGUAAGGUGCAGGACAAAUAA